AUGCCUCCAAAAAGAACACCAGUGAAAAACAGCCCCGAUUCAGUGAGGAAUCACGAUACGCUGGAGGUGCUGAUUCACAGCCGUGGAAUGGCGCAGCGAAAUAUAUCCAGGAUAAAGUCCAUCCUGCAGCAGGCGGAAGAGGAAGGAACUGAGCUAACUCCUGCUCAAUUAAAAGUAUACCAGCGGAGUGUGGAAGGUUCGAAAACCGAGUUCACCAAGCAGUACAAUGAAAUCCUCGCCCAGUCAUCACCAGCCGAGCGUGAAGAAAAUGACGACGAAUAUUUCAGCUUUGUUGACCUGUAUGAGGAAGUAUCGAUGAUGCUAGAAAGUUGGCUCGACAAGCAUUCGCCAACUCUACUACCACAGCUGCAGCCGCAGCUCACCAACAACCAGCCGCCUUUGGUCAUCCAACCUUCUCUUCCCAGAGCAAUACCAACGUUCGACGGUCGCUUCGAACAAUGGGAGAAGUUCAAGGUUAUGUUCCGGGAUGUGGUCGACAGAACUAACGAGCCAGACCGCAUCAAGCUAUACCACCUUGAGAAGGCCCUUGUUGGAGACGCAGCCGGGUUGAUAGAUUCCAAAACUAUCACCGACGGCAACUACGCUCGAGCUUGGCAACUAUUGGAUGAACGAUACUCCGACCAGCGACGGAUGAUUGAUCGGCAUCUAGCUGGCCUGCUAGGUGUGAUGAAGUUACACAGCGAAUCAUUCACCGAGUUAAGGUCUCUGGUAGAGACUUUUGAUAGUCAUGUCGACAACCUCAAGUUUCUGGGCCAAGGUUUCGCUGAGGUAGCCGAAUACAUAGUGGUGUUCCUGAUGUCUCGAGCCUUGGAUGACGAGACAAAGAAGCUGUGGGAGUCUACUAUCAGCAAGGGUGAGCUGCCAACAUAUGAAGACACCAUUCAUUUUCUCAAAGAGAGAGUGUCCGUCCUGGAGCGCUGCCAAUCCUCAGCCGAGAUAGGUCAUCCCAAGCAUCGCCAAUUUUCGAGGAUCAAUCUACCAAGACAUCCGAGAAUCAACACGGCCACUUCCCCAGCACAACAAGAGCAAUACUGUGACUUUUGUGCCAAAGGUCACCGGAUCUACGAGUGCCCCCAGUUCAACGAAAUGUCGGUCAGCCAAAGGAUCAGCAACGUAAGAGAAAAGAAUCUUUGCUUCAAUUGCCUCAGCCGAAGACAUCGAGCAAUUGAUUGUCCUUCAAAGAUGUCCUGCUCCAAAUGCCAACGGAAACAUCACUCGUUGUUACACCUUAAGGAUAUGAAACUGCCAACUCGACAUGUGUUACCAGCGCCAACACUAGCGACAUGGUCCCAGGUUCUAGUUCCAGAAUACAAGCCAUCGACUAGUAUUGCGUCCCCAAAUGCUGCCCAUUCCCACGUGCCAACGAAAUCGACGAGUCAAGUGUUCCUGCUCACCGCCCUGGUCAAUGUGAUGGACAAGGAUCAACAGCCGCAUCCCUGCAGGGCGCUUCUAGACUGUGGCUCACAGGUUAGUUUCAUAACGCAGUCGCUGGCUGACGCAUUGAGAAUCCCAACAAAUGAGGUGAGUGUCCCUAUUAAUGGUAUUGGUAGUGCUAAAUCCGUAAUGAAGAGAAUGGGUACCGUCCAAGUCUACUCCAGGUGCAAUAACUUUACGUUGUCGCUGUCCUGCCUUGUGUCGCCAAAAAUCACUGGCCUUCUUCCAUCAUACACAACUGAUAUUGAGUCUUGGGAAAUACCUUCAGGCAUCAAACUCGCAGAUCCCUCUUUUUUUAGAAUGAACACUAUAGACAUGCUUAUAGGUAUGGACCAUUUUUACGAAAUAAUGAAACCAGGUUAUUUGAAGUUGUCCGACAAUCUUCCUACGUUGCAAGAUUCUCAAUUUGGUUGGCUGGUAGGAGGAAAUUGUUAUGAGGGCGUUCAUACUGGAGCAGUCUUGGGUUCAUUUGUCGUGAAUACAGAUCCUGUAGACAAGCUAGAUAAAAGGUUUUGCGAAGUUGAGAACAUUACCCCUGAGGAAGUUCCGUCCAAUAGCGUUGAUGAAUGUGAGCAACAUUUCCUAGCCACCAAUCGUCGUGAUAAAAAUGGUCUUUAUGUGGUCCAACUUCCUUUAAAAAACAAUCUGGCGCAACUAGCAGACUCCCGUUCUUUGGCACUAAGGAGAUUCUUUCUUCUUGAAUCAAAGUUAACUCGAAAACUCAACUUAAAAGCUCAAUAUUCCGCAUUCAUCGAAGAAUCGCUUAAUUAUUCCAAAGAAAUCCAAGAAUACAAAGAUCCUCAUGAUCCUGAAGCCCUCAAUUCUGCACCCCUCAUGAUAGGACGUACCCUUUGUGCAGUACCUGACCCUGGAGUAGACGGUUUGGUAAGAGUUGUGGACGUUAAAACUAAAUCUGGAACCUAUAAGAGACCAAUUCACAAGCUAGCACCAUUACCAAUACUGGACAACCACAAUCCACAUAUCACGGGGACACACUUUUCGGCGGGGAUGAUGUUUUUAUGUUAA